UGGACGAGAAGUUUGGUCUGAAUAGCCUUGUGUAGAAAACGUGUGGAAUAUCCAUUUCAGUUAAUUUAAACAAUUUUUUAUAAUUGAUUGAAGUCAUGGGAAAUGAUAAAGGCCCUCGAAGCGACAGGAAAAAGCUUUCCUGGAGCUACAGAAAUAAAAAAAGACAAGGGCAACGAGAAAUUGGGACUGAUAACAGACAAGUUCAAGUGCAGAAUAAAAAGGCCAGAAUUAUUGUUCGAAAUUUGUCAUUUAAGGUGACAGAAGAUGACGUAAGAAAUCUCUACAAAUCAUUCGGAGAAAUAGAGCAGAUCGAGCUUCUUCGCAGACCCGAUGGAAAGCCAGUCGGCUGUGGGUUCGUCCAGUUCAAACGAAUAGAAGAUGCUUCUAAAGCCAUAUUCAAGACUAAUAAACAAGAGUUUCUGGAAAGACCGAUAAACGUUACCUGGGCGGUUUCAAAAUCCAAAUUCAAUGAGCAACUCAAAAAAACUCCUAUGAUACAAUCCAAAAAUGAAGAUGCACCUUCAACGGAAGACACACAUGAAAUAAAAUUGGAGAAUGGAAUUCUGGACUCAGUUGAACCCAAGAAAUCUCCCGAAGAAUGUAAAAAAUUGAAGAUAGCUCAAAGAAAACAAUAUAAACUCCAGAAACGAAAAAAAAGUUCUCGAAUAAUCAUUCGAAAUUUACCAUUCGCUGCGACCGAGCAAGAUUUGAAAAAUCAUUUUUCUCAAUAUGGUGCCAUCGAGGAGGUGAAUUUGCUAACGAAACCAGACGGACAGCGCAUUGGCUGCGGGUUCAUACAAUACGAUAAUGUUCAAAGUGCAUCGAAGGCCAUUCACUAUUCAAAUUUAUGCCAACUCAUGGGUCGGUUGAUUGUGGUUGAUUGGGCUGUGUCGAAAACAGUUUUCAAACAAACAAAUAAAAAUGCAACUGACGAAAGAGAAUCACAAGACGUCGUAACGAUUGAAGAAGGUAUAGAUAUUAAAUCGGAACUUGAAGAAAAAUUCGAAGAAAAAAAACAUUUCGAGAAAGAAGAAGCUGAAGAGGAAGGAGACGAAGAAGAAGACGAAGAAGACGACGAGGAAGACAUAGAUACAGAAGAAGAAACCGCGCACAUAGACGAAGAGGGAAAUAGACAGUCAGAAAAUGAUAUAAAGGAAGAAAUUAAAAAACAUCCCCGAGUUUUUUCUCACGAUGUGAAUGAAGGAAAAACAAUUUUCCUGACGAAUGUUCCGUUCUCAAUAAAAAACGAAGAAUUGAAAAAAUGGAUGGAACAAGUGGGUCCGGUAGAGUAUGCUCUAGUUUGCAUGGAUUCCUUAACAGAACAUUCAAAGGGCACUGCGUUCGUAAAAUUCAGGAAUCUGGAAGAUGCGGAAAAAUGUUUAAUGCUAGGUACAGAUUUACAAAUUCACGGAGAAAUUGUGUAUGCUCAGAGAGCUGUAGCCAAACAAGACAUCAUAAAUUCAAAGUUUCAGAAGGCUAAUCAUAUAAAGGACUCGAGAAACCUUUACUUGAUAAAAGAAGGGCUGAUCUUAGCAGGAAGUCCAGCUGCUUCUGAUGUUUCUGUUGGGGAUAUGACAAAGCGUUUACAACUGGAACAGUGGAAGUCACAGAUCUUGAGAAAUUUAAACAUGUUUGUUUCUAGAGUAAGGCUUGUUGUUCAUAACUUACCGAUAACGUUGGAUGAUAUGAAAUUGAGGACAAUUUUUAAAAAACAUGCAGGAGAGAAGGCAGUUAUUACUGAGGCCAGGGUAAUGCGAGAUAUGAAAAAUAUUGAGGCCAACGGACUGGGGAAAUCCAAGGAAUUUGGGUUUGUCACUUUUACAACGCAUGACGAUGCUUUAAGAGCACUCAGGAAUAUCAAUAAUAAUCCCAAUAUUUUUUCUAAAACAAAAAGACCAAUAGUGGCUUUUUCUAUCGAGAAUCGUGUUAUGGUGAAUGUCAAAAAAAGAAGAAUAGAGAAAAGCAGAGAUAAUAAUCCUUUAUGGAAGAUGAAACGAAAUAAUCAUUCACGGGAGGAAAAUGUAGAUGCAGCUCCUUCACAAUGCACGAAGAAACUCAAGAUUGAGAAUUAUAAGACAAAUGGUAAUAUACUGGAGUCGUCGAAAGAAGAAAUGCCGAAGUUUUCCGGAGUCACGAGUCGCCCCGGAGAUCGAAAGAUGAGGUCGAAAUUUAAGGUGAAGACUCAAGCACAGUUGCAUAUGAAAGCGCAGAAGAAUGCGAAAAAAGAUAGGAAAAUGCAACGAAAAUUACAUGAGAAGAUUAUAGAAAGACAUUCUAAAAAGGACAUCAGGCCUAAGCAGGGGGCAAAAAAAUUACUCAAAGAAGAACGCAAUUUAGAUUGUAUGGUGCAGAAUUAUAGGUCUAAAUUGUCGGCAGCUUUGAAUAACAAAUUGAAGUGGUAUGAUACAUAAAAGUGAACAAUUGCUUAAUUUAUUUCUGUAUUGUAUUGCUUCAGGCGUGAAAACGUUUUUGUUAUAGGAAAUGUAAUCUUUAAUAAAUAGUUAUG